AUGACGCUGCUCGCUAUCGAAUCCUUGGAUUAUUAUUGGAACGCAAAGUUUAUUUUUCUCAAAAAAUUUACAUGUAUGAUUAACAACAUAUCCGAUAGUCUUGACAAAAUGAUUAAGCAAGGCUCUUUUCAUCGAUUAUGGAGUCUUUGUGUUGUGAUUGAUUACUAUCUAAAGGAUGGUUGUGAUAAACAGGAAGUCGGCGCAUGCCUUUUUUCUCUCGCACUGUUUGAUGAGAGAGAAGACUUAAUUACGUACGACAAUGAUUAUACUUUGUUUGAACUGGAUGCUAAAUUUAUCCUUCUAUAUGAUGAUGCCGAGUAUGCUGUCUCUUGUACUGAAUUCGCUCCAUAUGCUGGUCCCCAAAAAAUCAAAGUCGAUCAAAGGAAACUGAUAGUUGAAGGCAAAGCAAUUUACAACCAAGUCAUGACUUUAGGUAUUGGUGAGGGAAAUGAGGCUAUAUUGAAUAUUAAGAACAUACAAGUCAUGGCACUAUCGAUCGGUUCAGAAUUAGAGAAGAUAAAAUAG